CCAGACCAAACUUACAAGUUGAGGAAACCUUACUUUUGUAGCAAAUUCUUGCAUCAAACAAUUCCUGGUUUCCAUAUUUUGGUACUUCCUUCCUUGCAUUACUCAACUCUUUGGAUCUUCUUUGGUUUUCCGCUUAUAGAGAUAGUGGGAGUUGUAUAAAUUUUUGCAGACAUGGCCAACAAAGAGGAUGUAGAGAACUCAAGAGAGCCACUCAUGAACAGAGAUGGAUCAGCUCAUGAAGGGCAUCAAUGGAUGGUUUACCUCAGCACAUUCGUUGCUGUCUGUGGCUCUUAUGAGUUUGGAUGCUGUGCAGGUUUUUCGUCUCCUACUCAGGACGCCAUCACUGAAGAUCUUAGUUUGUCAUUAGCAGAGUAUUCAAUGUUUGGCUCCCUUUUGACAUUUGGUGCAAUGAUUGGUGCUAUCACGAUUGGUCCCAUCGCUGAUUUCAUUGGUCGAAAAGGGGCCAUGAGACUGUCCAGUGCUUUAUGUGUUGCAGGUUGGCUAGCUAUAUACUUUGCUGAGAGUAUUUGGCCUCUUGACAUUGGGAGGCUGGCAAAUGGUUAUGGAAUGGGAGCCUUUUCUUACGUGGUACCUGUUUUCAUAGCCGAAAUUGCUCCAAAAAAUCUUCGAGGAAGGCUAACUGCUGCAAAUCAGUUAAUGAUCUGUGCUGGAGUGUCCGUUUCAUACAUAAUUGGGAUAGUAGUGAGUUGGAGGGCUCUAGCAUUAAUAGGACUUAUUCCGUGUGCUGUGAUCAUUUUCGGCCUCUUUUUCAUUCCCGAGUCUCCAAGAUGGUUGGCAAAGACAGGAAAACACAAAGAGUUUGAAGUUGCACUACAGAAACUUCGUGGUGAAGAUGCUGAUGUAUCUCAUGAAGCAGCGGAAAUCCAGGAUUAUAUAGCAACACUUGACCAUCUCCCGAAAGCCAAAAUGCUCGAUUUGUUUCAAAGGAGAUACUCGCGCUCAGUCAUUAUAGGAGUUGGGUUGAUGGUCUGUCAACAAUUCGGGGGGAUCAAUGGGGUCUGUUUCUAUGUCAGCAGUAUUUUUGAGCAAGCAGGAUUUUCUUCAAGCAUCGGAACUAUAACCUAUGCUAUUCUUCAGGUUGUGGUUACAGGCAUUGGUGCAGCUGUAAUGGAUAAAGCUGGAAGAAAGCCUCUAAUUUUGAUUUCUGGAUCAGGGUUGGUACUUGGCUGUGUCCUGACUGCAAUUUCAUUCUUUCUGAAGGUUAAUGACUUGGCACUCGGUGCAGUUGGUGCACUUGCUGUAACUGGCAUAUUGGUCUAUAUAGGAUCAUUUUCAAUAGGAAUGGGAGCAGUUCCUUGGGUUGUGAUGUCUGAGAUAUUCCCAAUCAAUAUUAAAGGACAGGCUGGAAGCUUAGCAACGUUAGUGAACUGGUUUGGAGCAUGGUUGUGUUCCUACACUUUCAACUUCCUGAUGAGUUGGAGCUCCUAUGGCACCUUCAUUCUGUAUGCAGCAAUUAAUGGCCUGGGUAUAGUGUUUGUGGUUUUCUUAGUACCUGAAACAAAGGGGAAAACCCUUGAACAAAUCCAAGCCGCCAUUAACAAAUAGAGAAUUGAAGGAAGAUCAAGAAAAGGAAUUAAUGAAGUUCACGCUUUGUUUGUGGUUAUCGGUGCAUUCAAACGUUUUACAGCUGAGAUUACAAGCAACUUGGAAGAUGAUACCGGGGAAUAGCUUGGAAACGAGGUUUGCACCUAUGUAAUGAAAACAAAACAUAUCUGUCAUCAUAUGACCUAAAAAUGUGUUUCAUCAUAUCUAUUUACUUAAAAACCAACCUCUUUUGUUUUGGCAAUUGAUAUUGGGGUCUCAAAA